GCCGCUUUUGCGUCACUUCCGGUUCCGGCGGCGGCGCUGAGGGGGCUCGGGAGGAUGAUCGAGGUUGUUUGUAACGACCGCCUGGGGAAGAAGGUGCGGGUCAAGUGCAACCCCGAGGAUUCCAUCCGGGACCUGAAGAAGCUGAUUGCGGCCCAGACCGGCACCCGCUGGGACAAGAUCGUGCUCAAGAAAUGGUACACCAUCUUCAAGGACCACGACCUCGGGGACUAUGAGAUUCACGACGGGAUGAACCUGGAGCUCUACUACCAAUAGCGGCUCCCAGUGCCCCCCAGUCCUUCCCAGUGCCCCCCAGUCCAUGAAGGGAUGAACCUGGAGCUCUGGCACCACUCAGUCCCUCCCAGUCCCCUCCCAGUCCAUGAUGGGAUGAAACUGGAGCUCUACUACCAAUAGCGGCUCCCAGUGCCUCCCAGUCCUUCCCAGUGCACCCCAGUACCCUCCCAGUCCAUGAUGGGAUGAAACUGGAGCUCUACUACCAAUAGCGGCUCCCAGUGCCUCCCAGUCCCUCCCAGUGCCCCCCAGUCCACAAUGGGAUGAACCUGGAGCCCUGGCACCUCCCAGUGCCUCCCAGUCCCUCCCAGUGCCCCCCAGUGCUCUCCAGUCCAUAAUGGGAUGAACCUGGAGCUCUGGCACCACCCAGACAUUCCCAGUCCCUCCCAGUCCAUGAUGGGAUGAACCUGGAGCUCCCAGUGCCUCCCAGUUCCCUCCCAGUCCCCCCCAGUUCCCUCCCAGUCCAUGAUGGGAUGAACCUGGAGCUCCCAGUGCCUCCCAGUUCCCUCCCAGUCCCUCCAAGUGCCCCCCAGUCCCUCCCAGUGCCCCCCAAUCCUUCCCAGUCCAUCCCAGUCCCCCCCAGUCCCCCGUCCCGUUCCAGCUGUUUGUAACAAUAAAGGUGUUUUUGGGGUC